CGUCUUUUCUCUUUUUCCUUCUCUUUUUCUUUUUCUACCUCUCUCGCCACGUCAACACCCCCACAACUAUCGUCAUGGUCACUCCAGUAGAAACCCCCCCCAAUAUUAUAUCUCAGCAACGUGUGUCUCUUAAUACACACUCGUCCUCUGCCUCUUUCUCAAUAACGCCCUCCUCUCGAUCCUCAUCCUCCCAUUUAUCACUUAACUCUACCAUUGAGUCGACUCUACAAACUUCACCUCGGCAACAGUUCCCUUCACCCUCGGAUCCAUUGGGAUCUCUUCAACACCAUCCACUGCCACCAAUACGUAGCCGGGCUGAUGCACACGAGAGCCGAUCCCAGCUGAUAACAGGGCUCCCUUCCUCUAUCGACCAGAUUUCCCCGUCUGGCCUUGCUUCUGUUUCGCCUUCCAGUUGGUCAACCAUAUCUUCUGAUACGACUCCAUCAUUGGCCAGUUCAUCCGCAUUUGAGAGUAAAGUUCGUUUUGAACGACUACCUCAGGGUGGUCAUCGGCAUCAUCUUUCGGCACCAAAGCGACAUCAAUUUCUAUCGAAUCAAGUACGAAGACUUCGAGAACUCUUGGACAGCAAGAGAGAUCACCAUGCAGAAGAUCAUACUUCACCUAUAACAGGCAUCCCACAUUCACAUGCACAGUCACCACUCCAAGGAUCUUCACAUCAGUUCAAGUCAGAAGUGCUCGAAGACUCAUCGCCAUUGUCCAGCGAGAAGUGCCAAGAAAUGGACACUGACCGCUAUCAGCAUCAACCACAAUUACACCCACAUCCAUAUCCACAUCCACAGCAACAGAAUGGGGGAGUAGCUAGUCCCACAGCCCACAAUCGCAGACGACAAAGCUUGCUUAAGACAGACUUUGCACAAAAGUAUGGCGAGUUACAACAGGUCAUAGGAAAAGGCGCUUUUGGCAUAGUGAAAUUAUCGAUUAAGAAAGAUUCAGACACUGGUGAGGAGCAUGCAUAUGCUGUCAAGGAAUUUAAACAGGCCUAUGGGGAAUCACAAAAGCAAUACAUGCGUCGUCUGACGAGUGAAUUUUGCAUUGCUUCUUCACUCAGGCAUAUCAACGUCAUCCAUACGAUGGAUCUACUUCAACUACAUGGAGAAACCUAUAUUGAAGUGAUGGAAUAUUGUGGAGGUGGAGAUAUGUGCAGUUUGAUUGCCUCUGCCAAUACCCUGGGGGAAUCGGAGUCAAAUUGCUUUUUUUCACAAUUGGUUCAUGGUGUAGGGUUCUUGCAUUCUAUGGGAGUUGUGCAUCGGGAUUUGAAGCCCGAAAACUUACUUUUGACAUCAGAUGGCUGUCUCAAAAUUGCGGAUUUCGGGAACAGUGAGGUUUUUAGAAUGCCAUGGGAAAAGAAAGUAAGAUCAUCGGCUUCUAUUCGAGGUAGUGGUCCAUUUAUUGCUCCAGAGGAGUUCACUAGCGAAACGUUCGAUGCUCGCAAGGUAGAUAUGUGGGCAUGUGGUGUUAUAUAUAUGUGCAUGAGGCUCGGGCGAUAUACUUGGCAUGAGGCCUCGAAUGGAGACCCCAUUUGGGAUGCAUUCCUGUACAAGCGUGAGCGCUUCCUGAGUGUCCAGGAUAUCAAGCUGCAACAGCCACAGCCACAGCCACAGCUAGCACAGCACAUGGCACACUCAAAUCCUUAUAGGAGCCACACCCCUCCUUCUCACAUCAAUCUGACAGCAAUCGAGCAAGUACUACAUGUCACACUUGCGUGGCCAAAUCAUGUUCUAGAUGUGAUUGAGAAUGUUUUGGAGCCUGAUACAAGGAAACGAUGGCAGGCUACUAGUGUUAUGAACAGUGAGUGGUUUCAGUUAAUUGAGAACUGCCAUCCGACCCCUCCUCCUCCAGAACAGGUGUUGGAUGAGAGCGACUUUGAGGCAGCCAUCCCGAGUCAGAGAGUUGGCUCUAAAGUCAUUGCUGAAGGUGCGUCUGUGGCAGGAUGCAAAAUUGUAAAAGAAGUUAAGCAAAGGCGAACGAUAGCAGGGAGUGCAACAAGAAGUAUAGAUGGAGUCUCUCAUGAAUCAUAGAAAUCCCGGGAUAAUGGCUCUAGAAACUUAAAACUAAAAUAUAGAAAUUGGGUAUUGGACUCCCCUUUGAGUUGUACGCUGUAGUGUGGUUGGUCGAGGUCUUUGACUGGUUGGCUUCAAGGCCCAGUUGACGCCCAAAGUUUUACGGUUAUUAGGUUGAGAGUGUUCUACGAUUCAUGGUGUUGUCGCCUCUUUUAAUGCGAGGGUGGGAACGGUGGUGAAGCGCGUCGUUUCAUUGGUUAUGGACAUUGCCUUCGAGUAUCGAGUGCUCAGUAUCAAAGGGCUUCUGAGCUUGCGAUGUAAGGCAGCAACCAGCCUGCCAUUGGUCCCAGUUCAUACAAUGCUUACUGUUAACAUGGAGGAUAGAGUCAGAGCAUCUUUACAAAAUGAGUAAUAGCGAGGGGGAGAUAAACACAAAAUACUGAAGUGGGGACAUCGAACAGCGCCUCCUAGCAUGGUCGAGCUUAUGGG